UAAGUAACUUUAAUAACUAGAUUUGAACAGAAUGGAGUCCUUGAGCCGAGCCUUGAGCACUCUUCUUGUUAAUGUACAGGGAGCACUGUAUGGAGGUAUUAGAUCAGACAUACCUGGGCAUGGAGGAGAAGAGUGUACCAACUACUUAGACAGGAAACUUAUGCUUCUGGACACGGGAAUAGCAACUGUUUUAAUGGCUGUCACAUUUACUAUUGGUAUCAGGACCUGUAGCCCACUUCCCAAAGCCAAAGACAUCAAACUGCCUCAAUCUUUCAGAACACAAAAGUUAUUACUAGUCCUGCUUACAUUUGUAUUUGGCAUUGAGCUUGGUUUCAAAUUGGCAUCCAAGCAAGUCCUCUACCUUCUAAAUCCUUGUCAUGUCAUUACUAUAGCACUGAUUUACUUGUUGGCUUCAAGUCCAUCUCCAACAUCUGUUGCUGUCCUAAGACUUGUUAUUCAUUAUUUGUAUGGUGCCUUUAUUGCUAUGAUAUUACCUGAUACUCAUGCAAGACACUAUCAUGGUGAAAUUCCUUUAUACUGGAUACAACAUUUUAUGAUUUUCUUCGUAGUGCCACCAUACCUGGUUUAUUCCUGGGGUAUAAAAGUCCUCGAACCCUUUAAGGAAAUGUCUUGGUCUUUUUUUACCGGUAGCAUAUUUGGGAUUCAUCACUUGUAUAUCAUGCAGCCGAUUGGCAUUCUGACACAGGUCAAUUUGAAUUUCAUGCUUUGUCCAGCAACCGGUGACCCAUUCUACGGUCCUUAUUAUCGAAUACUGGCCGUUGGACAUCAAACUUUCUGCCUCCUGUUUAGUGGGAAAACUUACACUUUCCUACUUCGACAUUUACUUCCGAAGCAAAAGACGGACUAAGACUAGUUUUGCCUUUACAUGAUAUUAUGUUACUGAUAUUGUAUAUGCUAGGCUAGUUUGAUAGAUACUGGUAUACUAUUUUAAAAGGAAUGGAGAGCUGUUAUAACUUAUAUUUUUAUUUAAGCUCUUGUGUUUAUUCAUUAUUGAGAAAAUACAA